AUGUAAGGAGCUCCAGUGAUUGUUGUGAAUGCUAAUACAAAAAGAGAAUAAGGAAGAAAGGCUUAAUUGGGAAAUAUAUAAGCAGCUAAGGCUGUAUCAGAUAUAGUCCUAACUACUCUUGGUCCUCGUUCGAUGUUAAAAAUGUUAUUAGAUCCAAUGGGAGGAAUAGUAAUGACAAAUGAUGGAAAUGCUAUUCUAAGGGAAAUUGAUGUUCAACAUCCAGCAGCUAAGAGUAUGAUUGAAUUAGCAAGAGUAUUAUUAACUUUUUAUAAUUAAAAGGCUUAAGAUGAAGAAGUUGGAGAUGGAACUACAUCAGUUAUAAUUUUGGCAGGUGAAAUGAUGGUUGCAGCUAGACCAUUCAUAGAAAAGAAUAUUCAUCCUACUGAAAUUGUUAAUGGUUAUUUUAAGGCUUUAGAAGAUUCACUUUCAAUAUUGGAUGAAAUUGCAUAAUAGAUUGACACUGAAAAAAAAGAAGAAGUUAUGAAAGCUUUGUAAUCUUGUAUAGGUACUAAAUUUGCAUUCAGAUGGGGAACAUUAAUAAGUGAUCUUUCUUUAUAAGCUACAAGAAUUGUUUUAAGAGGUGGAAAUGUUAAUAAAUUGAAUUUGGAAAUCAAGAGAUAUGCAAAAGUAGAGAAAAUUCCUGGUGGAACACUUGAAGAAAGUUGUGUUCUUGAAGGAGUCAUGAUUAAUAAAGAUGUUACUCAUCCAAGAAUGAGAAGAGAAAUUAAAAAUCCAAGAAUCAUUUUAUUAGAUUGUACAUUAGAAUACAAAAAGGGAGAAUCUAUGACUAAUAUGGAAAUGACAAAAGAAUCAGAUAUGACUGAUGCACUUUAAUAAGAAAUUAAUGAAGUUGCAUUAAUGUGUAAUGAUAUAUUAAAACAUAAACCUGAUAUUGUUAUUACAGAAAAGGGAGUAUCUGAUUUGGCUUAACAUUUCUUAUUAAAAGGGAAUGUUUCUGUUAUUAGAAGAGUUAGAAAAACUGAUAAUACUAGAAUAGCAAGAGUAUCUGGAGCAACAAUUGUUAAUAGACCAGAAGAAAUAUAAGAAACUGAUAUUGGUACAUUAUGUGGAACAUUUGAAGUCAAAAAAAUAGGAGAUGAUUAUUUUGCUUUCUUUAUUGAUUGUCAAAAUCCUACUGCUUGUUCUAUCAUAUUGAGAGGAGCUUCAAAAGAUGUUCUAAAUGAAAUGGUAUAUUAUAUAAUGUAUUAAUUAAAUAGGAAAGAAAUUUACAUGAUUGUUUAGCAGUGGCUAAGAAUAUAUAUCAGGAUCCAAAACUAUUACCAGGAGGCGGAGCUGUUGAAAUGGAAGUUAGUGCUAGAUUACUAGAAAAAGCUAAUAAAGUUGAAGGAUUAGGUUAAUUACCUUAUAAAGCAGGUAUAUUUAAUUAAUCAUAUUCUAGUUGCUUAUGCCUUAGAAAUAAUUCCAAGAACUCUUUCAGCUAAUUGUGGAGCUGACACUGUUAGAGUAUUGACUGAAUUGAGAGCAAAACAUAGUGAAACUGGAGGACUUUAUUUUGGAGUUGAUGGAAAUACUGGAAAGAUUGCUAAGAUGAAUGAUAUUAAUGUUUGGGAACCACUUUCAGUUAAAAAGUAAGUUAGAUAGAGUUAUUUAAUUUAGAUAAGUUUUUAAGACAGCUAUUGAAUCAGCAUGCAUGUUAUUAAGAAUAGAUGAUGUUGUUUCUGGAAUAAAAAAGAAAUAAUAAUAAUCAGGACGUUAAGGAGGGGAAGAAGAACCUCAAGAAACUUUUGGAGAUUAAAGAGAUGGAUGAUA